AUGGUGGUUUGUAGUGCUUUGUGCUGUCUUAUCGUAAAGUUGGGUAGCAAACAUCCUGAUCCUGUGGUGGAAUCAAGCUCGUUAUCUAGCGUUGUUCCUCCGGAGGUGCAUUACCAAAUUACCUUACCGGAUGAGGUUAUCGAUCGAGGCUGCCUAUCGGCUUUACAAUUGGAAGCUGUGGUGUAUGCGUGUCAGCGACACGAGUGCAUUCUACCUAACGGCCAACGAGCGGGAUUUCUCAUCGGUGAUGGUGCUGGCGUUGGAAAAGGACGUACGAUUGCAGGAAUCCUCUACGAAAACUAUAUUCGUCACAGAAAAAAAGCCAUUUGGUUAUCAGUCUCCAAUGAUCUCAAAGUGGACGCUGAACGAGACUUAAGGGAUGUUGGUCUAGGACGGAUCAAAGUCCAUUCGUUAAACAAGGUGAGUGGUCUAUGCGGUCCUUAUGGCAUUCUCAUGCGGAUGUGGAUGGCGUUGCACAGUUCGGAAUUCGGGCAUUGCACAACUAUCGAUGACCGGUUUCGUGGUCCAACACCGUCGUCCGUUCUGGCAUCAAAUUUGAGCCGAUGGACCCUAUUGUCCGCCGACAUGUUGAUCAAAGUUUGUCUUGGGCGUACUCUUCGUACACUUAAAAUUCACAAUCGUGCGCAUGCUAAAUUCAUCAGUACUUGCGAAUCUUGCACGCUUUAUUGGGCGCACCCACACGUGGCAAAUCCAACCGAUCCUACAUCAGAGUUACUGAAAGAAGUGAAGAGUUUGACAAAGAAACCAUCAAAAGUAAUCAUUGUGUUGGUGAUCUAUAACAACUGA